AUGAAGUUCUCGAUAUCAAAUCAAGGCUUGGUGGGUGGUCCAGAAUUGCUACAACUUCCCACACCUACUGUCCUAACCAUCAGAUUCAACAAACCUAGCAUUCCAUCAUCACAUGUUUAUCGAUACACUGUUGGAUAUUUGCAACGCAGUCAUGGUGCCUAUUGUGGUGGCCACCGAGAGUCCGACCUCCAUUUGUGCUAUGGCGUGUCCGACGCCCCUCACACGAUGGCAGAACAUACGUGUGUUGAAACCCGCCGCUCUACGUAG